UCUUUGGAACUACCGUUGCCUCAUAUACAACGCCAUACAACACGAUUACUAUCCUGAAACCAAGCUCAAAUCCAACCUUCAACAAGCAAGGGUCUACACCUUCGUAUUGCUGCUCAAAGUCCUCAUGAGCCAACAAGCCUGUAGCAGCUAUCCAGUUGUUAGCAUCAUAGCCUUCAAUCACGCGAGGGGACCCGAAGUCGAACAGUGGAUAGGCGUCGAGAACGAGAACGACAUCUCCGAGUGGCCUCUGCUCCCGUUCCUAGCCCUCACCGACGGCGCUCACAGCUUCUCCGAAGACUUCUCGUAUUUUACGCUCAAACAUUCCAAUGGCGACAGACAUUCCACAUUGUUUGGAAUCUCGUGUACGAGGCAAUUGGACAGCAGAGAGCUCAUAGACCGACCGGCCGAUGUUACUAGAAGUACGGUGCAGAAAGCCGUGGUUGUUAUUGCAGAUAGCCCAACAGUGUUUUUCGGGCACUUAAAGCAGCAAUUAUCGGCAGUUACUCAGGCGUGGUUUGCACAGAGAAACUUUGAAGAUCUGGAUAUCAUAAAGCGAUUCCAAGAAAGCUUGAAAGCGAGCCUGAAGCUCAGCUUGGAAAAUGAGAAUGAACGAGACCACUUUGUAGGGUUACCCCUAAGAGAACUCGUAUACGAAUUCAAGCAUCAGGCUUUGGUAUUGUUCAAGUGCAUGCUUCUGCAGCCAAAGAUGCUUUUCUUUGGUAGCCGAGGUGAAACUCUGUGCAUGACACAGUUUUCAUUACUGUCCCUUAUCCCGGGACUACUUCGAAAUUUGCAAGAUUGCAGCGAUCCGGACCUAGAUAGCUAUGAGUCGACGUUAGUGAAACCGACAUCUGUACGAACGAGUGAUAGAAAGUCUCUGUUGGCGUUCAUGGGCCUUCCACUCCAGAUAUUUGGCAGGGGCAGUUUGUUCGGACCAUACACGCCUUUACAGCAGUUGGAUGUUCUGGCGGAUGUCGGUACGAAGUCCUACAUAGUUGGGAGUACCAACUCGUUGUUGUUACAACAAAGGGAUAGAUAUUCGGAUAUUCUAAUAAACCUCGAGGAAAAGACAGUCAACAUCACUUCGUCGUCACUAAGAAUUGCAUUGGCCCUUUCUGCGGCCGACAGACGAUGGAUUGACAGCUUAGUUCAAUCUGUGACAGAAUCCUGGGAUGAAGCCGAUCCGUCGCGCCCGAAGACUAUGGGCUUUGUCGGGAGUGAGGAGUACAUUCGACUUCAGUUCGAAGAGUAUAUGCUUUCCAUGGUAUCUGCUGUGAAGUAUCACAUAUUCCUAGAAAAGCAUGCCGGAGCAACGAAUGUGACAUUGCCUGAUGUUGAGGGAGAUCCAUCGAUUGACUUCAAUCCCGACUUUGUAGAUUACUGGAAGAAAACAGAGAAUUUCAGGAUAUUUCAAAAGUUUACAGACCCUGAAAUACCGUUCGAUUUGGUUCCUCCAAAACAUGUGAUGGCCGGUGGCUUAACCGUAGAAGACGUUCAAAGACGAAUCGCACAGCAAGUGCAUGAGCUUGGACUAGACGAGAAAGUCCACGCCGGCAAAGAGGCUGUAGCGAAGACAUGGGCCACUGGGCGGAAUAAUCUGUCUCUAGCUUUCACUAACCUCAGUAAGAAUGUUGAGUACUACCGGGAACAACGGAGACUGCAAGCUCAACAACAAGCUUCUGAAAGCGCUUCACCAGAAAAGCCGUCCACUCCGACUGCACCAAUAUCUCCGGUUUUGGAUGAAGCACCCUCAAAGGCAACAGCAUAUAUUUCAUCUUGGACACAAUGGGCAGGGGAGAAGAGGAGGAAGGCAUUCUCUGGAACGGCAACUCCACCUCCAGAAGGGCCUGCAUCUCCAGAUCUACCCGCAGAGAAACCUUCUGCAAGAUCUUCAAUCUUCAGUCGAUGGUCUAAAAGCUCUUGGGACUUGGGAAACAAGCCCGACGAAGGACCGAGGGAUAGGGAUACCGCAUCGACAGAAAUUGUUAGGGAGACUGUUUGGGAGAACAAUGAAGGUGCCAAGCGCCGGAUAGACGAGAAGGAGCUACCUAAGGUUCGCAAAAGCCUACCACCACCCCCAGUACCCACAAAAAACGACCCCCCCACUACCACCGAAACGGAGAACGAUAACGACAACGACAACGACAACGAUAACGACAACGACAACGAGAAGGGGAAGGAGAAGGAGAAGAAGCAGGAGAAUACAGAAUUGCCCCUAGCUGUUGCAAUAGCAGAUACGCCAUCACACCAAGAGAAAUCUGCCCUGGGUCCUGCCCAAUGGCCACUCUCUGACGAAAAUACGGUUAUCGAAGCGGUUAAAGAAGUGACCGUCAUUUCAACUGUUACUGCUACUGCUGUCCCCACGGAAUCGGUGCCAACUAUUGCACGAAAGUACCACAAUUCGCCGAUUACAGUUACCAAACCUGCGCCAGAAGCACAACCGGCAGCCAAGUAUGUCGAGGAAACGAAUGCCCGAACCACUCCCGAGCCCAAAUCUACUCCGGUGUCUCAGAAUGAGCUCAAGGAACCUAAGGUAGAAUCGAUAGUGAAGAGGCUUUCUUUGAAGCUGGGCGCAGAUGAGAAACCUAACAGUGCACCACUGCCUAAGUCACAGCCACGUCCUGUGUCUCCCACAAAAAGAGACAUUCCGAAACGCACCACCGUGACGAGCUCACUUGCGGCGAGGAGAGCGAUGUUUGAGAAAAAAUAGACCCUAAUCUUUUUCAAAAAGAUAUAAUAGCUGUUUCUUACAUUUUUCGCAUUUUUUCCUAUUAUCUCUAUCUGGUCGAGGUAGUUAAUGCACUUGCGUGGGAGUUGUCUUUUUGUGUUUUUUUUGUGCGAUUUUUUGGAUUGCCUCGAAGAGAGGAUGUUUUGAAAGUCCGUUGCAAAGGGGGUUAUAGUUUGGUUCUUGCAUCAUGAUCAUAUACCUCUUCCUAAACGAUCGUCGCAAUGUUAUGUAGAAAUGUCAUUAAUGGAAUGGAUACCGUACCUAUAAUUCAAGAG